AUGGAGCUGUUUCGGAGCGAGCGAAUGUCGCUCGCGCGCGUCAUCGUGCCCGAGGAAGCCGCGCGGGACACGAUCGAACGCGUGGGCGAGCUCGGGGUGAUGCAGUUUCAAGAUCUGAACUCGGACACGCCGGCGUUUAAGCGCGCGUACUCGACGCAGAUACGACGCGCGGACGAACUGCUGCGACGGUUGCGGUACUUUCGAGACGAAGCGCGACGAGCGACGAUCGCGGUGGCGCGAUCGAGACGGAGAAACGCGACGGGACGCGGGAGCGGGGCGACGACGACGACGACGGACGAACUGGACCACGUCACGGAGGAGCUCGAACGCGAUCUCGCGCAAGCGCUGAAGAAUUACGAGAGGCUGAUGAGGACGCACAGCGAGUUGAUGGAGCUGCAGUUGGUGCUGGAGAAGGCGGGGGGGAUAUUUGAGGAGAAGAUGGCGGAAUUGGACGCCGCGGGCUCGAGCGGGCGAAGCGGCGACGGCGCGUCCGCGUCGUCCAACAGCGCCGCGGGCGCGUCGGCGGUGCGACUCGGAUUCAUCACUGGAGUUAUCCUCACGAAUAAGGUGAUCUCGUUCGAGCGGAUUUUGUUUCGCGCGACGCGAGGGAACAUGUUUUUGAAGCAGUCGCAAAUCCUGGGCACCGUCGUCGACCCCACGACGGGCGAAAAGUGCGAAAAGACCGUGUGCGUGGUGUUUUUCGCGGGUGAGCGAGCGAGAGAGAAAAUCAUCAAAAUCUGUGAGGCGUUCAACGUGAAUCGGUAUCCGUUCCCUGAGGAUUACACACGUCAGCGACAAAUGUACGCCGAGUGCACGGCGCGUCUCGUCGAGUUGCAGUCAACGCUCGACGCUUCCACGCAGCAUCGCGACGAUGUUUUGCGUAAAGUGGGCGACAGUCUGGAAGAUUGGAUUCAAAUAGUUCUGCGCGAGAAGGCUAUUUAUCACACGAUGAGCAUGUGCUCGGUCGACGUCACACGAAAGGUGCUCGUGGCUCAAGCUUGGAUUCCUGACUACGCGCUGUCCUCCGUGCAGACCGCCUUGACGGAUGCGAAUCAUUCCUCGCUCGCUUCCGUUGGGACGAUUUUUCAGCAAAUAGAAACCAAGGAAUCCCCGCCGACGCACUUUCAGACGAACAAAGUCACCUCAGUCUUCCAAGGCAUCGUCGACGCGUACGGCGUCGCGAGCUAUCGCGAGGUGAAUCCCACGGUGUUCACCAUCGUGACUUUCCCAUUCCUAUUCGCCGUCAUGUUCGGUGAUUUUGGCCAUGGAUUUCUCAUGCUCUUCGCCGCGCUAUAUUUGGUGAUGAACGAAAAGAAGCUCGCGGCGUCGGGACUGAACGAAAUCAUCCAGAUGGCGUUCGACGGUCGAUACGCCAUCCUACUCAUGUCCAUUUUUAGUAUUUACACUGGUUUACUCUACAACGAAUGUUUCUCUGUACCAAUGAAUUGGUUCGGUGCGAGUAAGUAUGUGUGCGAUCCAAAUGACCCGACGGCGUCUACGACGUGCGAUUCGGCGUAUAAGACCGGCCUGGUGAAUAACGGCGACGGCGCGUACGCCUUUGGCGUCGACCCCAUCUGGCACGGUUCGCGUUCGGAAUUGCCGUUUUUGAACUCGCUGAAGAUGAAAAUGUCUAUUUUGAUGGGUGUGACGCAGAUGAUGCUCGGAAUCUUCAUGUCAUUCCUAAAUCAGGUGUACACAAACGACAAGCUCUCGAUGUAUUGCGAGUUUUUCCCGCAAGUCAUCUUCCUCGGCGCGCUCUUCGGAUACCUGUCGUUGCUGAUCCUCAUCAAGUGGUGCACGCCUGGUUCGACUGCCGAUUUGUAUCACGUUAUGAUAUACAUGUUCCUUUCCCCGGGCAACGUCGAUUGCGCCGGCGAAGGCGAAAACGGCGGUCCCGGUUGCCCCGAAAACGUCUUGUUCCCAGGGCAAGCGGGCUUUCAAAAUUUUUUGUUGUUUCUCGCCUUUGUGGCGGUGCCGGUGAUGCUGUUUCCGAAACCGUACAUUUUGAAGAAGCGACACGAAGCGUCCCGAGGCGGGGUUCGGCGAGGCGGCGUGCGAUACGCGCGGCUUGAUGCAGAAGAUGACGACGACGAGGCGUUUUUGCAAGCGUCAGAUGCGGAGAACAGCUCACCGUCGGCUGAAGAGGAAGAAGAAUUUGAUUUCGGCGAAAUCAUGGUGCAUCAAGGGAUCCAUACCAUUGAAUUCGUUCUCGGCGCUGUGUCAAAUACCGCGUCUUAUCUUCGUCUUUGGGCGCUGUCACUAGCGCAUGCGCAACUCUCAGCCGUGUUUUGGGAUCGCGUCUUCAUGGGCGCCGUGGCGAGCGGAAACGUCGUCGCCAUCGUGAUGGGUUUCGCCGUGUGGGCGUUCGCCACGAUUGGGGUGCUCAUGCUCAUGGAAUCUCUGUCCGCGUUUUUACACGCGUUGCGCUUGCACUGGGUCGAGUUCAACAACAAGUUCUUCAAAGGAGCCGGCUAUGCCUUCGUCCCGUUCACCUUCGUCGGUCUCAGCGACAAGUCCGACGACGCGUGAACAGAACGGCAAAUUAGCAUCAUGAUAUGAUACGAAU